GGAAAACCCUAUCUUCGCGUCGCGUUUGGAAUUGCGAGAAUUGAAUUGAAAAGUUUGUGGCUAUCAAUUGGAAAUCAAAACACAACAAGAUGAAUCACCUGAAGUGGAUGGGACACUCGUCCACGAUAAUGGACAUACAACGCUCGCUGCGCAACGACAACCACAACUGCGAGGUGAUCCUGGCCUCCAGGGACGGCGUCCGAGUGCGCGCCCAUCUCUUCGUGCUGAGCACCUGCAGUGAGCUGAUGCGCAACAUCCUGGUGGACGUGCCGCGUGGCCAGGAGGCCACCAUCGUGCUGCCCGACAUCCGAGGCGAGCUGCUGGAGAGCAUGCUCUCCUUCAUCUACAUGGGCGAGACUAGCCUGCCCUCCGCCUCGCUGUCCGAGUUCCUGGAGGCCAUCAACCUGCUGGGCAUCAAGUCGGCCAUCAGCUUCGAGUGCAACCCCUCGGCCAGUCCACCGAGCGCCGAUGUGGAGAACGGUUCGAUGGCCGUGGAGACGGCCAAGUCGAUUACUGGCCUGCAAAUAGCCGAAGCGGAGCUGCUGGAGGAGGAGGAGGAGGCACAGCCGACUGUAACCGUGCCAGCGACUGUCCUUGCGGAGAGCCAGCAUCAGCCCAAUCACGGUAGCCGAUCGUUGGAGUACUUGGAUGUGUACGAGCCACCAAAGAUCACCUACUCCAUCGAACACAUGGACGGCAAUUCCAGCGGCAAUCAAUUCAUCCUCACCGAAAACACGGGCACCUUCACCAUCACGCAGGCCGCUACCAGUUUGUCCAAGAUGGACAACGAUGAGACGGCCACCAGCGGUGCUGAAGUGGAGCUGGUAGACGAUGACGCGGAGGCGGAGAUUACUGAGGAUUCUGAGGAGCACGAUACACAGAUGAUCGAUGAAGAGUUUGCGCAAAGUGAUCCCCUAAUUGAGUUGGGUACUGCCACCGAAAUGGACGACGACGAGGAAGUGGCCGGCGACCUGGUGGACGACGAAUUAGAAGAAGAGAAGCCACGCAAGUUGGGUGGCGGAAAGCCGCGGGUCCGUCGCCCCGUUAAUAUUAAGACCGAGAAGCGAUCGCCCCAAAAGCCAACUCGACUCCAGCAGUUUGUAGCGCUUAAGCGAGAAGUGAAAGACGAUAUCAACGAUGCUUUGGAUCUGGCGGCGGACGCUGUAAUCCUAGAGGGAUUGAGCCUGCAGAAGGCCGCCGACCGGUUCGACAUUUCCAAGACGGUCCUGUGGCGACGCGUGCGCACCAAUCCCGCCUACAUGCGGAACAACCGUGAACGACCAUCGCUGAUCGAAGCCUACGAGCGGCUGAAGAACGGAGAUUCACUGAAGAGCAUCAGUACGGAGUUGCAGAUCCCCAUGUCCACGCUGCACCGGCACAAGGUUCGGCUGUCGGCCCAGGGACGCCUGCCCGACUUUGUGGCCUGCCGCCGGCGGGACAGUACGCCCAAGGACGAGCUGCGGGACAAAUUGGCCAAGGCAGUGCACGCCUGCCUAAAUGAGGGAAUGUCCCAGAACCAUGCAGCCAACCUUUUCGAGAUCCCCAAGAGCACGCUCUGGCGACACCUGCAGCGACGUAUGUCGAACCAGGACCGAAAGGUCAAGAAGGAGCUGCAGGACGAGUACGACGAAGAUAUGCUAAAUUAGAAGCCGGCCGCAAAAGUUCUGGUUAUUAAGAUUUAAAACUGCAAUGUUUAAGUUACCAUUAAGAAGCCAUAAGCUUAGCGUUUAACUGUUUGUCAUCCCAUCAAUGUGCAUCAACCUCAUCGUGGGUUUUGAAAAUGUAAAAGGAAAGAGCAGGAAGAGAUGCUAUACUAGAAGUAGUUCUUUAGACGUAGCUCUAUAUGUAGAUACCGUUAGCAAACGUAAUUUAAGAGUACAGCUGCUCUUAUUAAUGUUCACUUUAUCAUUGGUUCAUUAAAUACAACCAAAAAUUCA